GUCUUGUUCAGCGUUUGGACGUCUGCUCUUCCACUAAGCACGCCAGUGCUAGUCACGCCACAUCUACUGGCCAAUGUUCGCAGCAGGCAGCAUGUUUGGUGGUGGGAGAAAGAAGAAGGGCGGUGCCGAUGAUGCAAAACAGCAUCAAUCACAAGUAAGCAUGAAUUCGGACCUGUUUGAUUUAUCUCAACUGAGGAGCUUAGCAGGCAUGCCACAGUCAGGUGUUGAUGAAGAUGACUUCGCCUUAGAGGCUGAGCUGGUAGCAUUAAUGGCUGAUGAUGGAUCAGUAGGACCAUCAAGGUCUACCGCAAGGACUAGAGUGCGACCAUCUCAGAUUGAUAAUCUGGAUAUUGAAGUGAAGGAAGGCAAGGAAGAUGAAGUCACUGAAGAAGACCUAGACAACCCUGAUUAUCUGGCGGAGCUAGCUAUGCUGUCUGAGGAGGAUGCCAACAUGGAAACCUUGAGGCCAUCUCCCAGACCUUCUCCUAGGGCAUCUCCUAAACCUUCCCCUCAACCAUCACCAAGAAGUUCCCCUGCACCACAGAGGAAAACAGAAAGUGAUGUAAAAGUACUGGUUCAGGAAAGGUUAGAAAUGUACCAGCUAGCUUUGAAGAAUGCAGAAGCUGCUAAUGAGGGUUCCAAGGCCAGACGAUAUGGACGAGGAAUUAAGACACUGAAAGGCCUUGAGAAGAAGCUGAAACAAGGAGCGAAAAUUGAUGAAUCAGAAAUUCCACCAAUGGUUGCCACAGGAGGACAACAUAAACCUGUCCAAGAACCAGAAAAGGCUCCCCCUCCUCCAGCAAGUGAAGCAGUCCAACCAUCCCGCAGUAACAAUGUUAGUGUGCCUGGAGACCCUUCGACAAAAGGGGUUGGAGAAUGUGAAAUGGCUUUGCUGAAGAAGAGGCAACAUGAGUACAAGAUGGCUGCCCUUGAAGCCAAGAGGGCUGGUGACAGGGAAACAGCUGCAGAACACCUCAGAGUUGCCAAGCAAUUUGAUUCUGUGAUCAGUGCCAUUGAGCAAGGAGAGGAAGUGGAUUUAAGUGGCAUGCCUCCACCACCCUCAUCAGCUUUACAAGGUACAUCUGCAUUAGUCCCUCCACCCAAACAGCAGAAGAUACAAGCACCUGUCAUUGAUGUGGUUGCACCAGGAGGACAGAGUGAAGCCACAGCAUCAGAUGCAGAGCCUUCUAUGCCUAGUACACCACUGGAGGCCUUACAGCAACGACAUGAUACGUACAAGGCACUGCUAGAUAAAGCCACAACAGAAGGCAAUGCCAGCAAGUGUAGGAGAUUGGGAAGGAUUGUCAAGAACUAUCAGGAGGCCAUCAAGAAGGAAAGGGCCGGUAAACCUGUUGAUUAUGAGGAGCUUGCGACUUUGCCUGGAUUUUCACCUAUCCCACCAAGAGGGAGCAUUUCCAAGUCCCAAGGUCAGCCAUCCCCAGGUCAGCCAUCCCCAGGUCAGCCGUCCCCAGGUCAGCCAUCCCCAGGUCAGCCAUCCCCAGGUCAGCCAUCCCCAGGUCAGCCAUCUGGUGCAUCAUCUCAGCCAGCUACAGCUGCUGCAUCAGCCAGGCCUGCUCUUACAAGACCCCCCUCAGUCAAAGAAGCCCAGAAUCUAAAGAACCUGAGGAUACUCACACAGAGGCAGAAGCAGUAUAAGACACUAGCCUUACAAGCCAAGAAGGAAGGAGAUAUGGGUGAAGCCAUGAGACUCCUCAAACUAGCAAAGGGCUUUGAUUCUAUGAUAACAGCGAGUGAGAAUGGUCUACCUGUCAAUAUGGAAUCUAUACCACCUUCUCCAACUCAGCAGCAGUUUUCAGUUGAAGAUGAGAGAGAAAGAAUGAUAUGUGACCCACCAGCAGGUGAAGAAUUGUCAGCAGAAGUACUUGCUGACAGCAAACAGCUCUAUGCCCGUCUGAUGGCCACCCUUAACAAACAAAUUCAGAUUUGUGCCACAAAUGAAAAACAGUACAUGCAACUAGGAAACCUCUCAACAUCAAAAAGAUUUGGAGAGAUGAAGCACAGCUGUCAACAGGACUUAGAUGUUCUUACAGUGUCUAUGUCACACUCAGACCCUGUCCCUAGAUUCCACUAUGAGACACGUACAAUCCCAUCUAUCAGAGUUUGUCCUGACCUAACAGAUACAGAAGUUGAAGUUAGCGUUAUCAAAGGGAUUCAGUUGAAACUUCCAUCAGGAGAAAAAGAUCUCGACACAUAUAUCAAGUUUGAGUUUCCAUACCCAAAUGAUGAACCUCAAACUGGCAAGACAGGCUGGAGCAAGGGCUUUGAGAUGGUGGAAUAUAAUGACUCCACCAAGCUGAAUAUUCAACGCAACAGAUCCUUUGCAUCAUGUGUGAAAAGGAGGUCUAUCAGAUUUGAAGUCUACUAUGGGAGAGGGUUUCUACGGAGUGAUAAGCUGUUGGCACAAGCAAGUCUAAAGUUAGCUGACUUGGAAAGUAAAUGUGAAAUACAUGAAAGUGUCCCUUUAUAUGAUGGCCGCAAGCCUACAGGAGGAAAGCUUGAAGUCAAAGUACGUGUGCACCAUCCAGUGAGUGGAGUCAAGGAAGAUCAAAUCAAGGAAAAAUGGUUGGUCAUCAAUAGUACACACAAAAAGUCAUCAUAUGUUCCUACAUCAAGCUCAAGUCUCAGUAGUCCUUCAAAGCAACCAACUCCUCAUGGUAAUACAGCAGCAAACCCAUCACAAAAGAAUGUGCAGCCUGCUGAUAGUUUAGCUGUAUUGAACUGGGAGCUAGAGACACUCAAGAAAAAGCUGGCAGAAUUUCAGGCACAAAGAAGGAGUAUUCCUAAAGAAUUGAACGAACAGCAAAAGAUACUGUCAGACAGGAUGCACAAGCUGCAGUUGUUCCUGAAGGAGGGUGGAAAACAAGCCAGGCAAGCCUAUGUGGCCAGACUACAAGCAUCUUUAUCCAGCUACUUUGCCCUAGCUAAGCAGAGCUUACAAGCUGGGAACAAGGAAAAGGCAGGGGUUCUCAUGGCCAAAAGGAAGCUUGUUGAAAGUGAGAUUGCUUCAUUGACAAAGUGAUUACUAAAAUAUUCCCAGCUGGCAGGAAGAUGAAGUUAUUAUAUACCACUGAGUAACAUUCAACGGAAGUGUUGUGAAAGUACAGAGACUUAUGAUCACAUCUGAUAAAGGAAGUGCCCUAGAAUAGGACUUGAGUAUGUAGUUUGUGAUUGAAAGAACUUUCAAUAUUUAUUUGUGCGCUUUCAUGGUAAACAUUGCUUAAACCAAUAGCACUUAAUAUUGGACCUGUAAUUCAAGUAAGCAGUUCUGUGGCAAAUACACACGUGUAGAUAUUUUUGUUCAUAUUAUAAUUAAAAUGUAAGUAACACAAAAAGUGACUAGCAUUCUAUGAAAUUUGGGAGUGGAAGUGCUUCCAUUUGUAAGUUAAUCAAGACCAUUCAUUUGAUACAAAAACUCCCCAGUAUCAAUCAACAGGUUGAAAUCUAUGAUCAGCCAUACAAGUUUCCCUGAUUUCAACAGUUUUACUUCCAGUGUCUGAAGUUAGAAAAUAUUGAGUAGUUUGAAUUUCCAUUUUUUUUCCUGGCUUGCCAGUUGCAUAGCUGUGAUGAAAGUCAGAAUAUGUAUAGGCUGGAGCUUCACAGAAGCAGACUUUAUGAAACUGCAUUUAGUAGACAAUAUUAGCUUCAUAUGUCAGCUUUCCAGAUAGCAUUCAUCUUGCAGAGUUCAGGAUCACUGAAACCUCUCUUCAGAGCAGAUAUUGUAAGUUAAACAAACUUUCACUUCUGUGAAAUUUAAUCCUGAUUUUAAAACAAAUCGAUACUGGAGUUUGAUGUGUUUUGUUAAUUUUCAGCUAUUUUGUUGACAAGUUGGGAUGCAUGUGCUAGAAAUAAGGAGAAAAUUGUCAAAACGAGUGGUACUAAAUGAGAGAGAUAUUGAUGUAUGUCCGUCAUGCAAGCAUGUGUGUUUGCACAGCCUUUGGCAACUCAAUGCAGACAGUAGGAAAAGUUGAAGCAAGGUAAACUUUCUCAACUGUCACCAUCCCUAUUGGCAUCAGUUGCAAUAAAGUGUUUCAAUAUGAUUGUGUAUCAUUGGAAACUGAUUGGCGAUGCUCUCUGCAUCUCUUUAUGUGGCCAUGGAAACCAGACUAUACAAAUUAAAAUUCUUUUCAGCGACUACAGAUUAAAGUUUUCACUACAAUGUUGGGACUGUUAUUCAUGUGGUGUGGGAUAGUGCCUACCUGUGCAAUCUCUUGUAAGGAAUAGAGAGUAAAAUGAAACUGCUUGUUUUUCCACUUUCCUUUUAUUUAUCCAUCAUUUAUACUUUUUCAAAUAGAACAAAUGUGUACCACUUUUGGUACUUUAGGUAUUUCAUCCAAAGAAUAUUCCGAGGACCUGGAAGAUGCUGUUUUUGUUUGUGAAGCUUGAUGUACAUUUUGGGGGAACUGAAAUGCAUCAAAGUCAGCAACACUUUCAUUGCUACAUGUAAUUGAAAUAUAAUAUCUAGACAAAUGGUUGAAGUGUUUGAGUUGUUUUAGACUGUGAACACGUGUAGAAAUGGUCACUUCAAAAUCAUCAAAGUGCUUGAAAUGUGUAAUAGGAGUCUCUUGGGAAACAUUGAUUAUUAAAGUUGCCAGAACAUGUAUACCAUCCAAAUGGACGCAGAUUUAGAAAAACAGCCAUAUUGUGCAAUGUAUGGUCAAAUAAAAGUUUGUCUACUAAACUGCAGAAUUUUUCAUGCAUAUUUUUUUCUUUAGUGUAAUAAAAACCCUUAGAUGGAAUGUAGAGUGCUGGAUUUGAUCAUUGUUUGGUCAGGGUUAUGUAUUUGUAGCUUUCUGACUGAAAUUUCUGGGCAGUCUGUUUACAAUUGACAUAACUGCUUCGUUGUAGUCUAUGGUAUAGCUAAUGUUAUAAUUGCCUUGAAAAGUUUUUAUCAUUUCUUUUUUAAUAUGGAGUUUCAUUAGAUUGAAUAACAAAAGCACACUGUCUGAAACAGGUGGAUCCUUUCUUGCAGCUUUGAAAAUUAACCAGCACUCUUACAUUGUAUAUUAACCUCUUGCUGCUUGGUGCUUUCAAAAAUGCAGUGCACAUGUAACGGGAAACUUUCAAGACUUUCAGCUUUCAAAAUUCUUCAAAAAUUCAUCAUUUCAUUCAAUGGACGUUUACACCCAAACUGUUUGACUGUUUGGUGGCU